CAUAUAAAUACAAACUUAUCUAGGUGUUUGUAUGCAUAUCUUUCAUUAUUUCACACAAACAUUGAUGUACACGCAUAUGCAUUCAUAAAUAUUCGGCUGGAAUUUAACGUUUAGCCAAAUCAUAUUUUUCUGUUUAUAUUUGAUAAACCUUUUUAAUCACAUAAUAUUGACAUUUAUACUUAUUUAAAUGAGUAUUAGAAAUUAUAAUAAUUAUUAAUUUGUCUUGCUGCCGCUGUCAGCCGCCUCCGGUUUUUAGCGACAGCUGACGUCCGGCCAGUGGCGGCUACUUCCUGCUGACAGCUGCCGAUUUUUCGCCGAACCCCCUCUCUUCGGCGCUCGUUCACGGAAGUUUGUGCUUGCUGAAGGCUCGUCCACGCCUGAAUGCAAAAUGGAAAUAUUUUCUCGACUUUCUAACUUUUACAGAUGGAGAAUAUGUCUGUGAAAUGUAAAUUAUGCACUGAGGAAAUUAUUAAAUGUCACUUCAGCUUAAAAAAAAAAUUAAUAGAGGUAUGUUUGUUUCCACCAAUCGCUGCACAAGUUAAGGUUACGUAUGAUGACGAAAGCACGUUAGUGCGAGCCCUCCCGGAACCCAUAGAGAUAGACCUUUUUCACACUUCCGGGUUUUUGGCUUCCGGAAUGAGCCACGCAGUGUAAAAGUUUUUCCGGUUACAGUGAUAGAUAGCCUCGAUCAGAACCAGUUCGGGAAUCAAAGUCGUUUUACGAAUUAAAUGUCAUGAAAAUGUUUGAACGGUCUUGGUGAAUUAUUGGUGAGACUACAGCGCUCUCAUUAAGAGCUACAUUUAAUAAAUAAUUCGAAGUGAUGGCGGUUAAACUGGUUAUAUUCUUUGUGUCUGUUUGGCGCGGCUGUGCAUUAUCGCGCUCCAUGUGCUGUAAAGACAGUGUCUGUGUCUCAACGUGCAUACUAUGUGACAUUAGUAAUAUUCAGUACUAUUUAGGGUGGAUAGUAUGCACAUAUUGGGAUGUAUAGAGUGUUUUUAGCGACGUGCUGGGGAAAUGGUCGACUGGCAGAUCCUUAUCACACAAGCCUGAUCCUCUGAUUCAUGAAGCAGGACCGCUCGCACCCUGGAUAUUUCUGGAUAUAAACACUUAAGUCAUCUCUCACUCAUUUUCCUGUCGUCAUCAUCUUAAAGUGUGUAUUAUGCACAGUAUUGUUGUGCUGUUGCAACAUGCAAAGACUGAUAGUUGUGUACAGUGUGGUGUUGUAAAUUGUCUUAGUUUAAUCAUUUUAAUCGAUCAGGAUUAAUUAUAACAUAUGCUUGAAUGUGGGAUGUGAUGCCAUAUGAGAUUAACAUGCUAUAUAUAUUUUUAAAACGUAUUACUCACGACAAUAUAUGUAUCUCACGACUUUAUAUCCCACAUUAAAGUAUAUAUUGGGAGUUAAUUUUUUUUUUUAAUUAAUAAAUUAUAUAAAUAAUGUUCGUCGUACGUAAUACGAUCUGGGAAAUUGCUGAAUGAGUAGCUGCGUAGCCUUUACUGUAGCUUACGGCUCGUAAUAAAUCCACCUGCCGGUAAAUUCGAUCAACGGUCUGAGUGGCUGUAUAAGCUACAAACAAGUAGAAAAUAAUUUCUUUGUAGAUUAUAGAAAAGCUAUUUGGAAAACAGACAAAAAAGAAAAGGUAAGAAGCGAUAUUUGAGAAAAGAGCAUAUCAAUCUAAUAGCCGUAGACGCAUAGCGGAACUAACUUUACCCUGCGUCACGUGAUUUCCGAUUCUUGUGAAAAAGGUCUAUUGCAUUGCAGUCAGAUUGCAGUGCCUGCAGUUCGGAAAAAAAAAAGUUCUUUGAAUGGAAGUCUAUGGGAGCAGUCGGGGCAAAUCUCCGCCAGACUGAAAUGCCCAAAAAGAGGCGGUACUCCACAGAGCGUGACUCGAUGCUGGAUCGACGUGAGGCGGUCUGAGCAGCUGGAGGAGAGACAGCCUGUGCAGCAGCAAUAAGACAACAAUGAUUAUAAGCAGGGAUAAUCUCCAGGUGGACUGCACGGGUCCAGGAUCAAGAGAUCAUUCAUCAUGCAGACCAUAUUCCAGGAGAAGCAGCGUAUACUGGGUCUGCUUGAUCAUUUUGUUGUCCUGGAUGUGAGAACAUGAUCAAAAGGUGUGUCAAUCAGCAUCCAGCCAUAAAAGCAGCCUUCUCGUUAAAGGCUGCCAGAGGAGGAUGAUGAUGGCAAUGGUGACCGAGGUGACUGUGCAGCUCAGGAUGAAGAAGAGGAGGAACAUCUUCCAGUUUGCAAAAAUCCAAAGUGAAUAUUUAGAGACCAUCCUCCUAUCCUUGCCUCAGAAGAACCUGAGAAAGACCCUCUUCCUCUUCUCUCACAGUUCUCCAUCAUCUACCUCUACAACACUGUUGGCAAGAGUGUUAUACACAGCUGAGGACACGGCAGACAGAGGGAAUUAGAUGAGGCUCUGGUGAACGUGGUGGUAAAGGAUUUGCAGCCCUUCACCAUCGUGGAGGAUGAGGGUUUCAUGGCCUUUGUGAACAAACUUGAUCCAAGCUAUGUCCUCCCAUCCCGGAAGGCGCUGAAAACAAUGGUCACUGAAAGGUACAACAACACUAAGGAAAAGACAAUGGAGGACCUAAAAAAGGCAGAUUUUGUUAGCCUUACAGCUGACAUGUGGUCUUCAAUUAAUAUGGAUGGAUACCUUGGUGUAACUUGCCACUACAUAACACCAGAGGCAAAGUUGGCAACUGUUGUACUAGGUGUAAGGAGGUUUUACCAAACCCACAAAGCACAGCAUCUCAUGGAGGCUAAAGCUUUGCUAAUGGCUGAGUGGGGAAUAACCUCCAAAGUUCAGUGUAUGGUGACUGACAAUGCAUCCAACAUGAUCCUAAGUGCCCAGCUGCUCAACCUUCGGCAUGUCCCAUGUUUUGCCCAUAAUUUAAAUUUAAUUGUGAAAAAGGCCCUAGAUCAAACCCCAGUCAUCAAUGAAAUACGGCAGAAAGCCAGAAAGAUAGUCGGGUUGUUUAGAUCCAGCUGCAAAGCAAAGGACAAGCUUGUGGAGAUGCAGGGCUUGAUGGGCAGACCAACUCUGAAACUGGUACAGGAGGUUGAGACGAGAUGGAACAGCACUUUUGACAUGCUGCAACGCUUGUAUGAGCAACGAGAGCCAGUGGCUGCUGCGCUAUCCAAUUUAAACAGUGAUACUGCUCCGCUGACAAGUUUUGAGUAUGACAUUAUUCAAGAAUCAUUGUCACUACUGCAACCGUUUAAACUAGCAACAACAGAGAUGUCAGAGGAACAGAGAGUGUCUGCUUCAAAACUUAUACCACUGUACAGGAUGUUGCAGCACAAGCUUGCACAGAAAAAGGGACAUGCAGCGCAGGAAUCAACUGUACAAUUAGGCACACACUUGCAAGAAGGUCUGCACUCCAGAUGUGGGGGGUAUGAGUCAUUCAGAUCAUUGGCAGUGGCUACACUGCUGGACCCAAGAUUCAAAAAUGUGGCUUUUGGUAAUCCUGCCAAAGCCCAGGAGGCUGAAAAGCACAUUACCCUGGAGUGUGCUUCACUGAUGCGUUCAAACACAGCAACUCCUGAGCCACAGUCAACAUCAGGCCCAUCAUCAUCAACACAGUCAACAUCAGGCCCAUCAUCAUCAUCAUCAUCAUCAUCAUCAACACCAGCAGAAACCCAGGACAGUUUAUGGGAACUUUUUGAUAACCGUAUCCGUGAAACCCAGGCGAUACACAGUGCUACAGCUGAUGCUACAGUUGAAGUGAAAAAGUACCUCAAAGAUGUAUUUUUGCCCAGAACUCAUGAUCCUCUAAGUUACUGGAAAGAGAGAGCUGUAAUUUUCCCUAAUUUAUAUGUCCUUGCUAAAAAAUAUCUGUGUAUGCCAGCAACAAGUGUCCCUUGUGAGAGGAUUUUUUCAAAGGCUGGAGAAAUUAUAUGUAAAAAAAGUAGUAGGCUAAGUCCUUCCACAGCAGAGCAAUUAAUAUUCUUGAAUAAAAAUCUGUAAAAAUGUGAGACCAUUGUGGCUUGAUUUGUUUUAUUAUUCUUCAUUUUUCAUGACCAAAAUAACCUAGUUAUUCACAGUGAGGAGGGUUACAUAACCAACAUCAGUUGUCAGACAGAUGUUAAAAACUCAUCACGUUAACAAAAACACAUUUUUUUUUUUUUUAGUUUUUAAAUGGCUUGUCAAGGUUGUUUCAGAUAACAUGUGAAAUUGACCACUAGGUGUCACUGUGGAGACGGGUGUCGGUAGAGUUUCGAAGCCUCGACACAAUAUGGCACAUUUGCUUCAACUGUUUCAGUGUUUCACGAAGCCUCGCUCUGCCCACCACUAAUAUUUAGCUCUCAAACAGACAAGUUUAAAUAGAAGGAAAG